GAUUUAAAUAGUACAGUAACAUAUUUGUGCACUUUUGAUCAAGGUGGAAAAGAUUUCUGUAAAGAUGAUUUGAAAUCACAACAACUUAUCAGUCUUCUUCAAGGUUUUGUUGAAGAUAUUAGUGAGCAGUCAGAUUCAGGUGAAAGUUCACAAAUUGAUGAUGAUAAUAACAAAGAUUCUAUGAUACCUAAGCUGAAAAAUCCAAAGAAACAUCGUGGAAGAGGACGACCUCUUGGUACAAAAAGACUUAAGUCUUCACAUAAGAGUCAAAGAGUUAAAAUUAAACGUCAACAUCGAUGCAGGAAAUGUGGCAAUACGGGCCAUUAUCAAAAAAAUUGCAAGGUAAACUGA